UAGCGUAAUUAAAGCAUUGAACUUAAUUUCCAUUUUAUGAACAUUUUUAAUGAACCUCUUUCUAAGCGUGAGACCUGCAUUGUGACAAUGGAUGCGAACUUGAAAGUAAAUAGUAUUGUGAGUUAUGCAUGUUAUAAAAAAUUUUUCAUUUUUUAUAAAACAAAGCUAGGCACUAAUUUGUACUAUGUUCACACCUAUUAAGAGAAUCGUAUCUAUGUUCAUGUUUAAGAAUUUUAGGUAGGAUACCAUUAGCGAAAAUGUUGACAAAAUUUUUGACAUAAAAUUCAUCGUGCAGAACGAAUGUAACAAUUUACUUUAAAUUCGAAAGAGAAACGUGCAAGAAAAAUGGGUGUGAAAGGACAAGAAUUAAUUGGUUGCUUCGGUGGUGGUGGUAUGUACGUAAAUCGAGGAGAGCGUCGAAUUGCCGAAUUGGAAUGUCACGCAACUUGUCUUCGAGAGAGAUUAAAUCAAUUGGAAUCGAUGCUCCCGGAAAACGAUUCCGGUAUUACAACAAGCAAAAAGUGUCCACUAAGGAAAAUUGUAUGACCGACAAUGAGGAAGGACAAUGCGUCCUGCAGACAUUAGCGAAAAAAGAAAAGACACUGAGAAAGCAAAUUUUCGAGAUGGAGUUUAAAGAAGAAGGAUACAUGAAAGCUCUGUGGGACGCAAAUAAGAGUUUUGAGCAAACAUUAGAUAGUGGUAAAGACUUUGAAAAGAUUGGUAAGGAUCCAAAUGACUGCUGUAAGAGAUCUUGCGACGUGAAGGAAAAGAUAUCACAGCUGGAAGCUUACGGUAGAAAAUUGUGUCUCAAUCUUAAGAGUCUUCAGAAGAAUCGUGCGGAAUUGACCCAAGAGGCAGCAGUCCUGUCAAAGAAAUUAAAAGUAACGAAGCAGGAUACAGAGGUAGAUUCUCCAAUUGAAUCCGGCGGAAUCAAGGCCUCUAAUAAUUCGUCCAGUGCAUGUCCUUGCGGAGAACCCGUCAAAUGCAACAGUUGCAUAAUAUGCAGCUGUUCGGAAUGGGAACGAGAUUUGAUAGGAGGGGGUGACGAGGAAUCGGAAGAAUACGGAGACAAACUUGCUCCGUUAAAGGAGGAAAAAGUGUCACUUCCUGCCGACAGAUGUCGCUGCGGUUGUUACGAGACAUCAUCCGAAUCUGAAUGCGAAUGUGGAUGUUGUGAAAAUACGUUAGGAGGAUCUUGCGACUGUGAAGAUUCCGAAUCUGAUCAAACGACAAUAACUACCACGACGAUACCGUCUACCGUGGAAAAUGCUAUUCGAAGUGAUAAUCAAAAUAGGAAUAAGGACUGUUGUCUCUGUAAUGCAGAUCAGCCGUGUAAUAAAAAGUGUGAAAUAUGUCAAUGCGAAACAGAUCCUAGAGGAAUCGAAAUGAUGAAAAAGGAAGAAAACUGUGCGAUGUGCAGCAAUGCACCACAGAAUAUUCAACUUCCAUGCAGUGAUCCCGAUUGUAAUUACGAUACUAUUAACAACAUAUCGAAAUGCUCGAUCUGUCGAUCUACUGUGAAUGCUACAAAGGAUUUAUUGAAAGCAAUGCAAAAAAUUACAUCUAGCGAUUCAGAAGUUCCUGCACCAAUAAACGUAACACCAGGACGUCAAAAGGUGAAACAAGAAAAAUUACUUGAAGGUCUAGAAAAUUUAAAAAAUCACAAUGAAACUUUAAAAAAUUUAUUAAAAGACUGUGGCUGCAGUAGUAAUAAUUAUACAGAAGAUAACGUUUGUCCAUGUACAAGCCUUCGACCACCUUUGAAAAAGACAACCAGUGGUCUUAUAGAGACUGUAAAACUGUUGCAUAACAAAUGCCGUACCAAAGAUGGUAUAAUUCUUGCAUUGGCUGACGAAUUAAAACGUAAUACGACAGAAGCCCAGAGCGAUCGAAUUUUGAAGAGUCUAACAGAUCCUGAUUUGUGCUGUAAGGCCAAGGAUUUUGAUCGUCUCGAAUUAUGGAAAUAUUUGGAAUUACCUUCGCAACGGUAUAAUAACAAUAAUAACGGAAGAUCUAACGAAAAUUAUAAUAUGGCAAGAAGAGAUCUUCUUUUUGGUCUUAUCGUUCUUUUUCUUUUUAUUUUUUCACACUUAAUUCGUUCCUACGCGGAGCUACCAUCAUGCUCGUGCAAAGUUUUCAAAAAAUUACAAUCUUGCGCGUGGAACAUUUACAGUGGUAUAAUACAUUUUUUUAAAUUUUUACAUUACGGGGUAAGUCAAGUUCCUUACGUAAUUGUCACAUCUUUUUAUAUUACACGUAAUUACGUAAUUCAUGUUUGGACGUCCUUUGGGUCCGUCGGUGCAAUCUUUGGAUCGUUAUCUUGUGUAAGAACAGUGUGGUCUUUGGUUAAAAAAAUUAUUUUAUACUUACAGACAUUUUGGAGCAGACACUCCUUACGGAUUUAUUGGCACAAAGUAGUGUUUUCUAUUAAAAAUUUUUUUGGAUCUGUUUUAAUAGCUAUCUACGUUCCUAUAAAGAUUCUUUUAGUACCUGUAUAUUCUAGUAUAAGAUUUAUAGUUCAUAUUGUAUUUUCUAUAUAUUUAUUAAUUGUUUGGAUUGUCUUAUCUAUUGUCAAACCCGUAUUGUUAAUGAUAAUUCGUUUACAAAAAUGUAUUUUUCGUAUUGCACGCUUUGUCGUUUGGUGCGUUUCCACGUUAAAGGCACUUUUACAUUAUAUAUAUACAAGACUGUUCUCAUUACCGAAUAUUCUUUUUCUGCUUCUUGGCUUUACCGUAAACAGAAUUGUCACUGCUUUAUUCGAGUAUACUUUUUGA